AUGAACGAUGUCAUUGAGUUAACGAUCAUUUCAGGAUGGCGAAACUGCUUCCAAAAUUUUAGUACAGGUUUCGAACAUUCACGUAAAAAAGUGGCGUCAAAACUCAAAAAUGAAGACUUAUCACAGACCUUGCUGAUAAGCAAUCAAAACCGCGAUAAACUUUUGAAGUAUUUAAACUUCUUGGAGAAUAAAGCCAAUGUAGUUAAUGAAAAAAUUAGCGUAAUAGUAAAAGAACUGGAUUUGAACAAACAGAAAGUCAACAUAAUGAACAGUUGUUUGAGUGAUGUUGAAUUCACCGAAAGCGGAGUUACGGCAGAAGACCAUUACGAAGUUCAAGCCAAGGAAAAUUAUUUCAAAGUGGCAUUGAAUACUGCCAAGCUUGAGAAGGAGUAUUUGGAAAGAGAUUUCAUGAACUACCAGUUUUUGAAGAACGAAACAGAACAUGAUAUAAAACUGCAACAAGUGACAAUGACGAUAAUGGCUAACCGAAUACCAGAUGUGAUAAAAAACGACCAACACGAAUAG